AUGAGUUCGCGAACAACGGGACCGCAGGCCGCCCAGGCCGAUGAGUUGCUGUCCAGUAAUGGCUCGGUGCAACAGCCACUGAAGAGCGACGUCGCGCAGAGCGAGGAGGAGAAGGAAAACGUAUUCUUGUUUGCUCCGAAUCUCAUCGGCUACUUCCGAAUCGUCCUCGCCAUUGCGUCGCUUUACUACAUGCCCCUCCAUCCUCGGACUUGCUCCAUCCUAUACAGUGUGUCGUGCCUGCUGGAUGCGUUGGACGGAUAUGCUGCUCGGUACUUUAAACAGUCCACCACGUACGGUGCCGUCUUGGACAUGGUGACCGACCGCUGCACGACCGCGUGCCUCCUGGUCUUCUUGAGCUCCGCCUGGCCGCGCUGGGCGAUCGUAUUCCAAGGUCUGAUUUCUUUGGACAUGGCGAGCCACUACAUGCACAUGUACGCCACCCUCAGCAUGGGGGGGUCUGGCCAGAGCCACAAGAACGUCGAGGCCACUCGCAGCUGGGUCCUAUACUGGUACUACCAUAGCAAGACCGUGCUGUUCAUCUGCUGCGCUGCCAACGAAAUCUUCUUCAUCGGCCUCUACCUCCUGUCCUUCUCGUCGCCGAUGCUCUCCCCAUCCCUGCUCCAGCCCGUGCAGGGCUCUGACAACCCCUGGAGCGCCGGAGCGCUGGAGCUGGCCCGCGCCAACAAGAUCGACAGCUUCUGGCCGUGGGUGAUCACCGGCGUUUCCGCUCCCAUCAUGGCUCUGAAGCAGUUCAUCAACGUCGUGCAGAUGGUUAAAGCCAGCAAGUGGCUGGUGGAGGGCGACGUCGCCAACCGUCGGGCGGCUCGCCAGGGGAAGAAGAACUGA